UAUAAAUAGGGAAAUCUCCAACCGACCCUAUAACAUCGACGUCAGGGCAGUCUUUACCACGCUGUCUGCUGGUGUACGCGUGCCCUUUUCCAGCAUGCUUCGUUCAGUAAUCCAAAGUGCAAAACGGUUACAUCAACCAUUUGGAUGUUUGUCCUGGAAUAAAGUUUCAAAUUGGCAAUGUGUGAAUGGAGUAGCAUGGCAAAGAUUGAAGAACCAACAUGUAAAAUUUUAUUCUACAGAUGAUCCUCAUUGCGUAGAAAUCGAUUUCUCCAAGAAAACCUACGACGAUGAAUCUAGCGAAGAAAAGGACGUUAAAACUAUCUCACCAGCCUUAGAGGAAAACCCGGAGUUCGUCUACAUAGAGCGGAUCCAAGAAGAACACUACUGGGGUAGGAUCCGCUCCCUGAUGAGGCGGCUGGGAUACACGGGGUACCUCGAGGAUCUGAGGCACGGAAGGGGGAGAGGGGUGUUUAUCAGAGACGAUGUUCUUGAUGUCAUAAAACCUUAUUAUGGGACUGUAUACAGGUCAAGGCGUCCUGAUCCAAUCUAAAACGUACAGAAUGCUAGAACUUGUAUUAGCUGACCCGGUUAUAGAAAUAAAUAAUUUUGUAUCUUAUAUGUGGAAAUAU